AUGCUACAAAAAACCAACCCUGGAACUAUAGUUGACAUUGAAAAAGGAGAAGAUGAUAGUUUGUUGUUUCUAUGCAUGGCCUUGAAUGCAUCUUUGAGAGGUUGGGCAAAAUGCAAACCUAUAAUAGUUGUUGAUGGAACUUUCUUGAAGUCUGCAUAUGGAGGAACGCUGCUCUCUGAUUCUGAGAACAACAAGUCAUGCGAAUGGUUUUUCACAAAAUUAAGAGAAGCAUAUGGAGUUAGAGAAGACCAGUUUAUAAUAUCAGAUCGACAUGAAACCAUAAUUAAAGCAACAGACAAAGUUUUCCCAGAAAUAACACAUGGCUACUGCAUGUUUCACCUGUUAAGCAACCUGAAAACAACCUACAAGAAACAUGCCAAGGAAUACAAUGUACCUUUCUUUGCAGCAGCAACCGCGUACAUAGAAAAGAAAUUUGAAUAUCAUAUGAAGGAGCUUGACAACUUGGAUAAGAGAAUAAGGCCUUAUUUGCAUAAAAUUGGAUAUCAUAAAUGGUCAAGAUUCUACUCCAAAAACAAAAGGUACUCGGUAAUGACUUCCAAUAUUGCUGAGUCACUUAACGCAGCCACUAUGGCAGCUAGAGAAGUACCUAUCACAAAAAUUUUGGAGUGUUUGAGUGGAUUACUCCAAGAUUGGACAUACACUAAUAGGAAACUAGCUCAAAAAACAAUGACAAGAUUGACACCAGUUGAAAAACAAGCACUCACCAACAACUUCGUAUACUCUUUGAGAUUAACCGUAAAGCCAGCAAAUGAAUAUCUGUUUGAGGUAUUUAAAGAAGAAAAGUCAUGGAUUAAGGAUGAAAUGCCAUGUGGUCAUACUCUUGCUGUGAUGAAGGAGAUGAACAUAGACCCCUACGAUUAUUGUUCACAUUGCUACACAACAAAAGUAUGGUUAGAAACAUAUGAUGCAAUUGUGUAUCCAGUAGGGAAACAACAACAUUGGGAAUUACCAAACUUUUUCAAAGACAUCAUAGUGUUGCCUCCAUUUGAAAGAGUGAAGGCUGGAAUACCAAAGAAAAGAAGAAUUAUAGCUACUUGGGAAACUAAAAAGAAGAACAAGUGCAACAAGUGUGGACAAAUAGGUCAUAAUAGGAAGACAUGUCGAACCCGACCACCAAGAAGUUGA